AUGGUUCCUACACGACCAACAUCCGUACGUCAGCAACUGAAGACCCUUAAUACCAUUAACGUUACACAUGCAGAACAGGCGACUGCGGAGGAGCACAUAAUAACUCCGGUUACAGAUGAUCAUCUACUUCAACCUCUGCUUUGCACUCUUCUGCGUGCCGUGGCGAUGACCAACCCGGCACCUCUGCAAAGGCUGCAAAAACACCCAGGCGAGACAACCUUAGCAGGCGUUCUAAAAAAGCCUCACCGGCAAAGAGAAAGCGGGAGGAGAAAACCGAGAGCCCGCAUCGAAAAGCUACUCGCAAUGCAGCCGACGCUGCUGCAACUUCCAUUCGACGGUCCCAGGAGACCACGGCUGAAAAAACCGCACGUAACGCAGCGAAAGCUGCGGCAACCACCAUUCGACGGUACCAGGAAUCCCUGGCUGAGAAAACCGCAUGCCAUGCAGUCGACGCCUCUGCAACUUCUGCUGCAAGGGCGUCGGAAAGUUCCGCGCAAAAGCGCACAAGGCGGCAACGCGAUGCAAUUUUCAACUUCCGCUGCUACUGAAAGGCUUGAAAGGUUGCAGCGCCGCCAUGCACAGCGAGGGCUCUGUAGCCCACCAAAGCAGUUUUGGUUUAAGCUGGCGUUCAACUAUGAGCCAGUUUUGAGGCUUUCCGGUCGCAAAGACCUCCAAAUAGGAUCCAUGUCAGUUGUCUGUGGGCAUUGCAAUGCCAAAAAAUGGCCUGGAGAGUCUGCAGGUUUGUUUUGUUCAGACGGUAAGGUACAGUUGCCACCUUUUCAAGAGCUACCUGCUCCGUUGAAAGCUCUGUUGGAGGGUUCCAGUCCAGACUCCAAACAUUUCCUCGCAAAAAUCAGACAGUACAAUUGUGCCUUCCAGAUGACCUCUUUUGGUGGUAAUGCCUUCCGCGAAGUCGCUUGGAAUCCCACCUUCAAGGUUCAAGGUCAGGUUUACCACCGGAUUGGGUCUCUUUUGCCGGAAACUGCCACUGAUUCGGCCUUUCUAUACUUCAUUGCUGACUACAAUCAACAGGCAGAUGCCCGCAUGGGCAUUAUUCCCGAGAACGAUACAGGCCAGGACAAUCAUCCUCGCAGGGAUAUCAUAAUGAGUCUCCAGCAAAUGCUCCACGAGACAAACAGCUAUGUCCACAGAUUUAAGUAUGCUCUCGAAAAUAACACUUCUUCUGAUUUCAUUAUUGUAAUUGAAGCUGACAAACGGCCUCAGGGAGAGCACGAACGUCGUUACAAUGCUCCCGCAAGUAACGAAGUUUCCGUCAUUGUCAGCGGUGAUCAGCACAACAGACGUGACAUUGUUAUCGAAUCGCGAGGCAGUGGGCUCCGAAGAAUCAGUGAAACGCACCGGUCCUACGAUGCACUGCAAUACCCACUUCUCUUCCCGUACGGAGAAGAUGGGUACCACUUUGGAAUUCUGCAAAAUGGGUCCACCUUAAAAACAGUGUCUUGCAGGUCUUUCUACGCCUACCUAUUGAUGGUACAUGAGGGUGCAUUCAAUCAUCUUCAUCGAAGCCGGCAACUUUUCCAUCAAUUCAUAGUAGACAUGGCUGCUAAGAUGGAAUCCGAAAGACUCUGUUACAUCAGAUUGAAUCAGACCAAGUUGCGCUGCGACUCUUACAUUCACUUCCGUGAUGCUUUACGAAAUGACGCUGAUCCACGCAAUAUAGGUAAGAUGGGCAUACUACCUGCAACAUUCACAGGCAGUCCACGAUACAUGCACGUGAGGACGCAAGACGCGAUGACAUACGUUCAUAAGUACGGCCGACCAGACCUAUUCAUGACUUUCACGUGUAACUCAAAAUGGUACGCAAUUGCUAAAGAACUUAUGCCAGGGCAAUCGGCCUACGACCGUGAAGACUUCAUUGCGCGCGUUUACCAUCUGAACGAAACUCUUUCGCCGGUAGUGUGGAUAACCAUCGCUCCCUGUAAUGGUGCGGGGCCAACGUUGAGGGCUAUCCAGGCGUCGAAAAAGACUCGGAAGGGUAUUCACGGUUCCCUCAUCGCGACAGGAAUGUUUUUACUUGCGACUCCUUUUACACGAAGUUAG